UUGGUAAUGGCUGAGGCCAUUGGCUUAUAAAUCAAUCCUUCCUCUGUAAGCAAAUACAUCACAGACUUGAGAGUGAAUACGAGAUGCCGCCAUAGUUUUCCCCUUCCUUCUCCAAUCCCUAUCUAGAUCCUAACAAUUGGUACUCAGAUCCCAAAAUUCCCACCCACUUCACGCUGGAUCACAGCCACGAGACGCGGUUGGCGGUGGCGGCGGCGCGCCGACGGCAGGAGCUCAUGGAGCACCUGAGCGCCGAGGGCAAGGCGGUCUAUGAGACCAUAACCCAGGCAAGCGAGGCGGCCCAUCUACGUCACCAGAAGGAGCUCGACGCGCUCAUCGUGGCGGCGGUGGGGAGCACCGUCGAUGCUGCGGUGUCGCGUUCCGUCGGGGCGGCGGUCGACAAGGCGGUGGAGGCGGCGAUGGGGACGGUCGUCAACGAUAUGCAGGCGGAAGCCGACCUCCUCAAGCAAAUUCAGGACCUCCGCACUGCCAAGAGCACCACCUUCCGCUCCAGCGAUUUGGAGGGAUCCGAGCGUUCGCCGACGGCCACGGCAGAGGCGAAUCAGGCAGGAUUCAAGGCGUCACUGUCGACCAGAGGACCAGGUUCGAGUACGCAAGCACUGUAUGUUCCGCCGGCCGCUAGAGGUAUACCUGAAUUACCGCGGCCGAGUUCAUCAUUUUCCAGUCUAUUGCACCGCGAGCGGAGGAACAGUUCGUCAGGCCAUGGGAAACCUCCUUCUGUUGAUUUCCCAAAAUUUGAUGGAGAGAAUCCAAAGCUUUGGCAAACGCGGUGUGUGGACUAUUUUGCCAUGUUUGACACUGACCCGAAUCUCUGGAUUGCUGUUGCCGCUAUGCAAUUCGAAGGAGCAGCAACGCGCUGGUUAUUGUCAGUUCAACACAAAUUUGUUCGAUCGUCAUGGGAGGAUUUUUGUACUGCAGUUCUGAAUCGUUUUGGCCGCAACCAACAUCAGUCCCUAGUGCGCAAACUAUACCGGUUGAAACAGACAGGGACAGUGGAAGAGUACAUCAACCAAUUUUCUGAACUUAUGGACCAGUUGACAGCGUAUGAGCCUGAGCCUGAUAUGCUGCAUUACACCACCGGUUUCAUUGAUGGUCUGAAAGUCAAUGUGAGAAUGGUUGUAGCAGUACAGCGCCCAGCGGAUUUGGACACAGCUUAUUCCAUUGCUGCUGUUCAGGAGGAAAUGGGGGGCCAUGAAGCUGAAACUGUAUCCAAGAAGUAUACUGCACCUAUGUUUCCUCAUUCAGACAGGAUGGUGCCAUCGAAGCAUGUCGAAGAGCACAAAACAUCAGACAAGUCUAAGACCACCGGUUCAGAGGACAAGUUGGCAACACUCAAAGCAUACCGCAGAGCAAAAGGACUUUGUUUCAUCUGUGGUGAGCGUUGGGGGCGCGACCAUAAGUGCAACACUACAGUUCAGCUACACGUGGUGCAAGAAAUGUUGGAAUUUUGUGCCUUGGAUAACAUGGAUUCGGAUGAUAGUGAUAUGGAUUUAAUGGUACUGUCAGCUGAAGCACAACAAGUUCAAGGGGGAACUAAUGCAAUCAGAUUAGAGUGCCAAUUGGGUGGUCAUGCAGUGGUGCUUCUGGUGGAUUCAGGUAGUUCUCAUUCUUUCAUCAGUGCUCGGUUGGCUGCUCACAUUGCAGGCCAGCAAUUACUGCCUGCACAACAAACUGUCAGGAUUGCUGCUGGAGGUACACUUCCUUGUACUCACAUCAUUCCUGCUUGUGCUUGGUCUGCUGCUAGUCAUGAGUUCAAGUGUGACUUUAAGGUGUUACCUCUGCAACAUCAUGAUGGAAUUGUGGGAAUGGAUUGCCUGUCCUCCUUGGGUACUAUGCAAGUUAAUUGGUUAGAGAAGUGGCUAGCCUUUGAUCAUCACGGCCGUCCGGUGUUCUUACAAGGCUGUCCUCCAGAAACUUUUAGUUGCACUGUGGUGGAGCUCCAUUUAGUUCAGCCAGAGAACUUCAAAGAGGAUGUCGUAGCCCUUCCGGCACAAUUCCAGGAACUAUUAGAUCAGUACACUACAGUAUUCGAACCACCAACUGGACUUCCCCCUCGGCGCAGUUGUGAUCAUAGAAUACCAUUGAUGGAAGGGGCUAGACCUGUGAACAUUCGACCCUACUGGUAUUCACCGGAGCUAAAGAGUGAAAUUGAAAAAUAAGUCCAGGAGAUGUUGCAAACUGGGGUCAUUGUUCCUAGCUCCAGUCCGUUUGCCUCACCUAUUAUUAUGGUCAAGAAAAAAGACGGCUCGUGGCGGUUGUGUGUGGAUUAUCGUCAUCUUAAUUUGUUAACACUCAAGUCCAAAUACCCGCUCCCAGUGAUCGAUGAGCUUUUGGAUGAGCUCACUGGGGCGUCCUGGUUUUCGAAGCUGGACCUUCGUGCCGGAUAUCAUCAGAUCAGGCUUGCGCCGGGUGAGGAGUAUAAGACAGCUUUUCACACACACAACGGUCAUUAUGAAUUCACAGUCUUGGCAUUUGGACUGACUAGAGGGCCAUGUACAUUCCAAUCUGUUAUGAAUGAUGAUUUAGCUCCAGUGCUUCGUGAACCAAAUAAAUGUGUUGUGGUGUUCUUCGAUGAUAUCCUGGUAUUUAGUAUUACAUUGGAGGACCACUUGCAUCAUUUGAAGCAAGUGCUGGACCUGUUGCAGGAGCACCAAUGGAAAAUCAAAGGGUCUAAAUGUGCGUUUGCACAAUGCAGCAUUUCUUAUCUGGGCUAUGUGGUAUCUGAGGAAGGCAUAGCUACUGAGCCUGCUAAGAUUGAGGUGGUAGUCAACUGGCCUGUACCUGCUAAUUUGAAGGAACUUCGUGGUUUUUUGGGGCUAUCUGGCUACUACCGGAAGUUUGUUCGCCACUAUGGUAUGAUCAGCCAGCGCUUGACUCAUCUCCUGCGUAAAAAUAUUCCAUUUGUGUGGUCUUCUGAAGCUCAGUCAGCAUUUGAUCAACUGAAGCGAGCCCUCACAACAGCACCUGUACUGUCACUCCCUAAUUUUCAGAAACAGUUCGUAAUUGAGACUGAUGCUUGUGAUACCGGAGUGGGUGCAGUACUACUUCAGGAUGGCCACCCUCUUGCAUUUGUGAGCAAAGGAUUGGGCCCCAGAACCAAGGGUCUGUCUACAUAUGAAAAAGAGUAUAUGGUCGUGCUUCUUGCAGUGGAACGAUGGAGAACUUAUUUACAACAUGCUGAAUUCCUAAUACUUACUGACCAUAGCAGUUUAGCACACUUGGAAGACCAGAGGUUACACACUAUUUGGCAGCAGAAAGUGUUCACAAAAUUGCUUGGACUCCAGUUCAAGAUCAGGUACAAAAAAGGCAUUGACAAUCGUGCCGCGGAUGCAUUAUCUCGCAGACCACACUUAGGGGAGGACCUUCUUGCUAUAUCUUCACACCAGCUAGCUUGGAUACAGGAAAUGUUGGAUGUGUAUCAGGAUAGUGCUGAAGCAAGUGAACUUUUGGUCAAAUUGGCAGUGCAGCGGUCUGAAAAUGAUCCAUUUUCUCUUCGAGAUGGUCUGAUCCGUUACAAAGGUCGAUUAUGGCUUCCUCCUGAUGUGGAUCUGAUUCCUAAAUUACUUGAUGCAUUUCAUACAAGUCCGAUUGGGGGCCACUCAGGUAUCCCUGUCACCUUGCAUAGAUUGAAGCAGUUGUUCUACUGGAAGCACAUGAAAGCUCGAGUGAAGCAAUAUGUUCAGGAGUGCUUGAUUUUUCAGCGUGCGAAACCGGAUCGUAACAAGUACCCAGGCCUCCUCGGACCCUUACCGGUGCCUCGUAAGUUUUGGCAGACGCUCACGAUGGAUUUUGUUGAAGGUUUGCCCCAUUCUGGCCGUUUCAACUGUGUCCUCGUCGUUGUUGACAAACUGUCGAGAUAUAGUCAUUUUAUUGGUCUCCAACAUCCCUUUACUGUGUCCACAGUGACGGCAGCCUUCAUGGACAAUAUACACAAACUGCAUGGGAUGCCCGAGUCCAUUGUCACUGACCGUGAUUGGAUUUUUACUAGCAGGUUUUGGAAAGAAAUGGCAGCACUCACUGGUACAAAAUUGCGUAUGAGUUCUUCCCAUCAUCCCCAAACCGAUGGUCAAUUUGAGCGAGUUAACCAAUGUUUGGAGGCUUAUCUGCGAUGUUUUACUCAUGCUUGCCCACUGAAGUGGGCUCAAUGGUUGUCACUUGCUGAGUACUGGUACAACACGAGUCCUCACUCUGCCUUGCAAGGGAAGUCGCCAUUCGAGGUCCUAUACGGCUAGUCUCCUAGAACUUUUGGGUUAUCUGCAGAUGACACUUGUUCCAUUCCUGACCUGGAGACCUGGCUUCGCGAUCGUGAUCUUAUGAUGAGAUUACUUCAGCAACACUUGGAGCGCGUUAGAACUCGUAUGAAACACCAGGCAGAUAAGAAAUGUUCUGACAGAGUAUUUGCUGUGGGUGAUUCUGUUUUCCUCAAGUUGCAGCCAUACAUUCAGUCCUCUGUGGCCCCACGUGCUCAUCACAAAUUGUUGUUCAAAUACUAUGGCCCUUAUCAAGUGCUGGAACGAGUAGGUGCAUCAGCCUAUCGUCUUGCGCUUCCACCGGCAAGCAAGAUCCACCCAGUUCUACACGUCUCAACUGAAGUUGGCACUGGGACCUAAUUGUCAGGUACAAUCUGAAUUGCCUCCUCCUGAUGCUCAGUUUGCUCUGCCUAUGAGAGUUCUGCAUCGCCGGUUGCGCCGCCGGGGUGAUGCUGCUGUGCCACAAGGCUUGAUACAAUGGUCUGAUCAACCGGAUUCUUUGGCGACAUGGGAAGAUUUAGAAGAACUCAAGCAGCGUUUUCCGCGGGCGCCAGCUUGGGGACAAGCUGGACUUCAAGGAAAGGGGAGUGUUAACACUGGGCCUAGUGCCACUACCGACGAGACCGGUGUACGCUUCAUCACCAAGGAGGGCCGGCCCAGCAAGAGAGCCCAUCAUCCUUCCACUCGCUACGCAGACGGCAACUGGGUGUAGUCCUAUACUAGUCUAUCCUGUCAUUGUGUUGGGUGGCGAAUUGGUAAUGGCUGAGGCCAUUGGCUUGUAAAUCAAUCCUUCCUCUGUAAGUAAAUACAUCACAGACUUGAGAAUGAAUACGAGAUGCCGCCAUAUUUUUCCC